GGAAAGGGAGCAUCUCCUAAUCAACUCAGCUCGGGAACGGGAUACGGACUUCGCCGAAUGGAUCAAUAAGUUCUCGAGAUCACUGUCAUACACUUAUUCAGAGCCAAAGCGGCGUCUCGGACUUAGCAGCCAAUGGAGAACAAGCAAACCUAAGCCGACCUGGAUAGAACUUUCGAUUCUGCUUCCUUAAAAGAACGAUGGAAAAUGCCGCCAAUGAAGAAAAAUAUGGACAACAGCAAAUUGCAGAUUUCAUACUCAACAAAACCCGUCAACAUUUCAGCUAUGAUCAGCCAUCGAAUUCUUCGUCCGAUUUCUAUUUCUUCACGGUGUCUAUGUAUUUGUAUGUGCAGCCAAUUUUAUGCGUGUUUGGAUUUUUAGGAAAUUUUAUAUCGGUGUUUGUGUUCUGUUCCAAACCCUUGCGGAAUGCCUCCUCUAACGUUUACCUGACAGCAUUAUCUUGUACCAGUUUUGUGUUUUGUCUCUCGAAUUUCCUUGUCUGGUUGGAAACAGUGCAAGUUCAGAUAAUACACCAAGAGGUUAUAUGCCAAAGCAUUGUUUACAUCACGUACGUGUGCAGUUUUUUAACUGUCUGGUAUGUCGUCUGCAUCACUUUUGAAAACUUCAUUGUAACUGUUAAUCUACGUCUAGCUGUUAUCGUCUGCACGGUCCAUAAGGCACGCAUUAUAGUGACGUCACUUGCAGUAACGGCAAUUGUAUUGUAUACUUUUGCAUUGUGGACAACGAAGGUUAAACGGAGAGGUGGGGAAAUCUACUGCGACAUCGAAAAAGAGUAUCAGAAAACUCUUCACGCAUUCACUUAUGUGGACAUCUUUUUAACAAUGGCAGUUCCGUUCAUAGUAAUGUUUUUCUUUCUUGGUGCCGUAUACGUUAAACAUAUUAUCGUACGGGUGUCCUGUAGCAGAAACUGCGCAUUUCCAAAUGCAAAGCGACCUGCAAAAAGAAGAGGGGGUAGAACCGAUUCUCUGACCAAAAUCACCAGGGUACUACUAGCCAUUGGAUCUUCUUAUUUUAUCCUAUCUGUUCCGUCUUGUGUGAAUAAAAUUCGAACAAUUAUUUUGUAUUUGAGAGACCAACAGGAGGCAGCAACAAGGGACUACUGGGCCGUAUUGCAGUUCUGCCAAAUGAUUUACUACCUGUCCUUUUGCUUGAACUUUUUAUUUUAUUUGAAGUGGAGUGUGAAUUAUAGAAAGGCGCUUAAAGACUUGUUCCAGUUUCUCAUUUACAAUCGCGAUUCUGACAGUAAAACUAUUGAAGUGCCAUUAUUAAACAUUUUCUCCCGUAAACCAGCCUCCCAAGAGUAUGAGCAGGUAGCAACUGACGUAUAAAACUAAUCAGGUGUUUACCUAUGUAUUAAACAAGUCGAGUCGGUACUUCUGUAUUCAACAAGUUAAGUUGUGCUCAAUGCAUAGGAACAAUUGUAUGGUUGCCAACAUAUUACGGAUCAGGUUUUUCUUUUACUGUUUACAUGUACACCAAUCAGGUUGUAAAGCCUUGUGUAUACCACCAAAUAUAAGUGGUUACUUAAUAAAAAAAAGUUUGGGUAUAAAGGUAGCGAACAUUGCAGAAAAAAUACCAAUCUUCGUUAGCGGUUUUCUGCCAAUUAUUCUGCAUUGUUCUCUAUAUUCAUAACCCGUAUGAAACACAAAAAGAAUAUUUCAUCGUUAAGUUUUAUAUCUAUCUCUGAUUUUUUCGUCUAUAACCUAUGGCAAGAGACCCAGGGGGCAACAUCGCUCACUAGGAUAACAUUUGUCAUAACUCUAAUCAGCUAGCAGCAGGGUCUGAAACCAAGGACAGACUAUCCAGUCUAAUACAAAGAAUGGAAUAACAAUUUACAGUGUUAAUCUAUUUAUUUCAGCUGAUUACAAUCCAUUAACAAUUUGUUAACAAUGUUUUAUCAGCUUAUUCAUACUAGUUUAAUUUAAUUAUCUUCCUUGUGCACCUUACAGAAAGAAAUAUUCAACCUGAGAAAAUACAACUUGCAGCAUAUUUAAUGUUUCUUUUUAUUGCCUGAAUAUAGAGAAUAACGACUGGUUCGUUGUCAUUUAUUACAUGACAGGAUGCUUUGUGCCAAUUUUAGUGUUUCUGGAGAAGAAUACUAUAGUAUUUUAAACUGGACCCCUUUUUCACUUUUCGAAUUACCUCCCCUUUAAAGGGAACCUGGGCUGCGUUUUACAGAAGAACUUACGACUUACGACCAAAUUAUUGAAUCCUGAUUAAUUACUAACUAAUUACUGUUCUAUUCUAAUGGCUGUAAAAUAAGAUUAUGGAAAUCAAAUGUUGUAAAUAAACGGUUUUAUAUGAAUUUUGUUUCUUAAAGA